UCUUCACAAUUCCAUCACUCCAUCUCCUCUAAUGCCACACAGUCCUCCUGUUGAGGGGAAGGAAUAGUACCUUUUUUUUUCUCCUUUUGUAGGAAACUAUGUUCCCAUCUUUCUCUUAAACUUUCUAGAUAAAAACCAUCCAUCCACUUUAAUCCUCCUUCCCAUGUUUUGCUUGUAUCCUUAGGUCUUCAUCAAUUUCUAGCAAUCAAAGGAAGAGAUGAUCAGGACAAGAACCAAACAAUCACAUCUUUGAAUCUAGCUACUUAGAUCUCCACUCUUCCAUCAAUAAUCUUGCAGAUCAUAUAUUAGAAAGAUAUGAUUAUGAAACCCUAGCUAGUUGUGCUUCUGUCAAGAGAACAAAGACUAGGGUUUAGAAUUUUGAUCAAAUCUUGUUUAUGAAAUCAAAAUGAACUUGAAUCAAGAACUAGUCAACUCAUCAAACUCAGUCAGUAACACAAGCAGCAUGCUAAUCUCCACCACAAACACAAAUUCCGUUGCUUCCUCUGCAUCCACCUCAGUGACCUCACCAACAACCCUAAGCCGAUACGAAAACCAGAAGCGCCGUGACUGGAACACAUUCGGCCAGUACCUCCGCAACCACCGCCCACCACUCUCUCUCCCCCGCUGCAGCGGAGCCCAUGUUCUUGAGUUUCUGCGGUAUCUUGACCAGUUUGGAAAAACUAAGGUCCACAUUCCACUGUGUCCUUUCUUCGGGCACCCUAAUCCUCCUGCCCCAUGUUCCUGCCCGCUAAGGCAGGCUUGGGGCAGCCUUGAUGCCCUCAUAGGCCGCCUCAGAGCGGCCUAUGAGGAAAAUGGCGGGAAGCCAGAAGCCAACCCGUUUGGAGCUAGAGCUGUUAGGCUAUAUCUUCGAGAAAUUCGAGAUUCACAGUCGAAAGCAAGAGGAAUUAGCUAUGAGAAGAAGAAGAGAAAGAGGGUGGCGCCACCUCAACAGCCACUGAUGCAAGCUCCUCAUCAUCCUCCCAUAUAAAUCAUGAUCAUGACCUAGAUUUCAUAUAGUCAUGUUUCAAUGAAUGAAAUUAUGCACUUUUAGGGUUACUUUGUCGUCGUUUGUAGGCUUGUAGCAGUUCAAAUCUUUAAUUGAUCUAUCUCAAUUGGUUCUGAACCUUCUUAUAUAUGGUUAUCUGUAAUAAUAAUGUUUGUUAUAUGAGAUUGAUAUGAGCAAUUAUAUUA